AUGGAUGGUGAUAAGAGAUUUAAUAUCAGUGUUUUGGUUGUGGAUGAUGAUGAUGCUUCUUUAACAAUACUUGCUGAUAUACUCAAUACAUUGGGAUAUCAAGUUCUCGCUGCCAAUAACGCCGUUAAUGCUUUGGAGAGUCUUCGAGAGUUUGAAGGCUUUGUUGAUCUGGUUAUUACAGAAUUUAAUAUAUCAGGAAUGAAUGGAUUUGACUUUCAAAAGUUUAUUCAAAAUGAAUUCCAUAUACCAGUGAUAAAUAGAAGAGAGAGUGUGAUAUCCAGUAGUUUAGCAAACGGAGCAACACGCUAUAUUCUGAAACCCUUUUGCGCAGAUGACUUUAGAGAUAUUUGGCAGUAUGCUAUGGCUUCAAGGAAAAGGAAACUAACUAUUGGACAUAUUGAAGGAGAGUCACUACCAAGUGACAACAUUUUUAUACAAGAUGUUUACUCUGCAACUUCAUCGAAUUUGAAUGAGAGAAAAACGAAGUAUUGUCCAAGAAAGAGUACCCAAAUGAAUGAGGAAGGCCAAAGUGAAGAAAGACCUCAGCUUGUAAAGAAACCAAAGGUUGUUUGGACAACAUACCUACACAACCUCUUUCUGCUUGCUAUAAAACAAAUUGGAUUGGAGAUUGAAAUGUCAAGACAUGAGAAAAAGAAGAGUUCCUGUAAAUCUACACUCCAUUUUGGGGUGUUGGUUGGGGCCGUGCCAAAGGCGAUUCUUGAUGUGAUGAAUGUGCCAAACUUGACUAGAGAAAAUGUUGCUAGUCACUUACAGAAGUAUCGCAUAUUCCUGAGGAAAGUAGCAGAUAAAGGGUUUCUUGAGGGCUUAUCUAACAGGGAUCUGAGGUCAAGGUUUGCUUUUGGCCUUUCAGCAUCAUUGGUUAGAGACUUCCAAGCAAGAACUUCCAAAUUGCGUGUUCCUGUGCAACAAUAUAUGAAAAGAAUAACACAUCAAACAGGGUAUAAAGGAAUAGCCAAUGCUGUUAAGCCUUACCAUGUUUCAAGUACUAAUUAUGUGGCUGGUUCUCCACUGGGAAGAUGUCAUCAAUUUUCCCAUCCAAGGAACCAGUAUGGUAAUUCUUUGAAUCAAGCAAGAGUUGGAGUAGAAUCAAGCUUUGGAAGUAAUGAUUGGGUCAAUAAUAUCCAGCAAAACCUUUUGGGAAGCUAUGGAAACCAACCAUAUUAUGCAAUUAACUCUUACAACAACAAUGCUGGUGUUGUCUUUCCAUCCGAUGGAAUAAUGGCACAUGGCUGGAUGUCUUCUGCAAAUGGCCUAAGGGGAGGUGUGAAAUAUGAUGACCAUCAAUUGAUGUCUCCAAACUAUGAUUCAUUGGUACAUUAUCAUCAGAAAUAUACCUAUGAUCAAAGAAAUUGGAACAUGGGAUCUUGGCAUGACUCUUGUAAUAAUCUAUCUUUGACUUCUAGUUCAACUUACAAUCCCAACAAAAACAUUCAAUUGAAUGGUGGAUCACAAAUGAUUGGAAAUGGAAUGAAAAGAGGGUUUAACAGUAUUGUUGGUAUUAUGGAUUCUACUGCAAAUAACAACUUUGGCUUGAUCAAUGCCACCACACAAAAUACAAAUAGGAAUGUGGCACCCUUGGGCCAAGGAAACUUUGGUUUCGCUCAAAGAGGGUUUACUUCUACUUCUGCUUCUAGUAACGGGGAGGACAGGUCAAGUGAACUUCCAGCGGCAUUGAUCACCAAUAAUGGAAGUAGAGCAGAAAAUAUUUCAGGGAACCUACAACUGCCACAACAAGUACAUGAAAGUGUUGCAGAAAAUGACAAUGCUACUCCAAUCAGUGAGCUGAACAUUUGUCACCUGGAAGAAGACGGCCUUUCUGAUCUUUUCAUGAUACUAGAUGAAAUGAAUCUUCUUAACGAGUCUAACAGCAGUGCUAGUAGUGACAAGAAUGUGAACCCAACUGAAGCCACAAUAAACCUGUCAAACGAGUUCCCAACAAGCUCUGACAAGAACUCCAAUAAGAUGGAAGGUGAUGAUGGAUUUGUUGACUUAGAAGAUUUGGACAAGUUCAUGAUGGACAAUGUUUCCUCAGCAAGUAACUCAGUUACUGAUCAGGUUUGGGAUAUAGAAGUUAUUAAAGCCUUGUUUGAUGAGGAGACAAACUAG